CGGGACUGUGGAGCAGAAUUUAAAUUCACACACGUUCGAUCAUAUCUACUUACCUAGUACUCUACUCUCAUCCAACACACUUCCAAAGUUCCAACACUCACCACUCCUCCACAAAAAUGAAUGAAAUGAAUCCAAAUCCGGCCAACUCGUCGCCGUUCACCCCACUCUCCUUCUUGGAAAGAGCCGCCGUCGUUUACGGCGACACUCCCUCUCUCAUCUACAACCAAACCACAUACACUUGGUCUCAAACUCACCGCCGAUGCCUCCAGCUCGCAUCCUCCAUAUCAUCUCUAUCCAUCUCCCCCGGCGACGUCGUUUCUGUCGUCGCUCCAAACAUCCCCGCCAUGUACGAGCUCCACUUCGCCGUCCCCAUGUCCGGAGCUGUGCUCCACUGUAUCAACACUCGUCUCGAUGCACGAACUAUCUCGAUUCUUCUCAAACACUCCGAAUCCAAAUUGCUCUUCGUUGAUUACCAAAUCGCUCCGGUCGCGCUCGAAGCCGUUUCUCAUAUUCCUCGGGAAUCUCGCCCGAUUUUGGCUGUUAUCACGGAAGGUAAUGAAGAUCAAUCUACUAUGUCUCGUAGUUUCGAUUGUGUCUAUGAAAGUUUGGUGGAAAAAGGUGACCCGAUGUUCAAUUGGAUCAGACCGAGAUCCGAUUGGGAUCCGAUGGUGCUUAAUUACACAUCAGGCACCACGGCGUCGCCGAAAGGAGUUGUUCAUAGCCACCGUGGAUUGUUCAUCAUGUCUGUUGAUGGACUAGUGGAAUGGUCCGUACCCAAACAGCCUGUUUAUUUAUGGACUCUCCCGAUGUUUCAUGCUAAUGGAUGGUGUUUCACUUGGGGCAUGGCGGCUGUGGGCGCUACUAAUAUUUGUUUGAGAAAAUUCGACUCCGAUUUGAUUUUUACCAGCAUAAUUACACACGGAGUCACUCAUAUGUGCGGAGCUCCCGUUGUUUUAAACAUGUUGUCGAACAAUUCACAGGGUGUGAAGCUGGAAAAGCCCGUUCAUAUCUUGACCGCGGGGGCUCCGCCUCCCGCGGCGGUGCUUAUGAGGACGGAGAAGCUAGGGUUUGUGGUGAGCCACGGGUAUGGAUUGACGGAAGUCGCGGGGCUGGUGGUGAUGUGCUUGUGGAAACGAGAGUGGGAUGGUCUGAGUGAUGCGGAGAGGGCGCGGCUGAAGGCGCGGCAGGGCGUGAGGACGGUGGGGUGCACGCAAGUGGACGUGGUGGAUACUGAGUCAGGACUCAGUGUCAAACGCGAUGGGUUGAGUUUGGGGGAGGUUGUGUUACGUGGUGGGAGUGUGAUGUUGGGGUAUUUAAAAGACAAGGAAGGCACGUCAAAGUGUUUGAGAAACGGGUGGUUUUACACGGGUGACGUGGCGGUCAUGCAUGAGGAUGGGUAUUUGGAGAUCAAGGAUCGGUCUAAGGAUGUGAUUAUUAGCGGGGGUGAGAAUUUGAGCAGCGUGGAGGUGGAAUCGGUGUUGUAUUUGCAUCCUGCGGUGAAUGAGGCCGCGGUGGUGGCGCGGCCUGAUGAGUUUUGGGGCGAGACGCCGUGCGCGUUUGUGAGUUUGAAUGCGGGGAUGAGGGCUAGUGAGAAAGAAAUAAUGGAAUUUUGCAAGGAGAAAUUGCCGAAAUAUAUGGUGCCGAAAAAUGUUGUGUUCAAGGAGGAGUUGCCGAAGACUUCAACGGGGAAGAUACAGAAGUUUUUGUUGAGGGACAUGGCCAAGGAGUUGGGAAGGAGUAAGAUGUGAAGUGAGUUGACUCAGACGGGUUGGGCUGGGUGUUGUGUUUUAAGGGCAUGUGCCAAUUGGUGUUCGGGUGUUGGGGAGUGGGGACUUGUGCAUGGUAAUGACUAGGAUAUUGAUGUUGUAUGAUUAAUAUAAUAACGUGGCUGGGUGUGGAUCUGAUUUGGAAUUUUGUGUUUCGACCUUUUUCAAAGCUGUCACAUGAAACAUGAUAUGAAUUGUUGAAUAUGCAAGGGAUAAGCACAAUGUUUAAUCUAUUUUACUCUUUUUGACCCUUA